AUGAUCAACAAGAACUGUGCAAACUUGGUCGAGGGUGGCUUCACCUACAACAGGGACGAAGCUAUGACUCUCGCAGAAGAUCAACCGGAACGCGCCGCCUUUAAGGCCACCAUUGCUGACUUAACCAGAAAGUUGGAAAAACUGGCCGCCAACUACCAGUCAGUUAUGGAAAAGUUUAACAGCUUACUUGCCAAGCACAACGCCAGCACUACCAGAGCAACCUUUGCACCCACUGAUAAAGACUCGCUGAUGGCAUCUAAGCAGGCCCCAAAAACCCUGAUGAAUGAUGACAGCAGCAACAAUUGCACCCAAUGUGCCAACUGCAACCCCAUCACUGACAACAGCAACAACAACAAAAGCUGCAAUAUCACUACAGGUAGCACUGCCACACCCACCCAGACUUCAUAUGCUACGCAAGCCAAGAAGGGCAUAAAUGCCAAACAGGCCAAGCAGAAAGUCCAAGUCCGCAGAGUCCAGGGACAACGACUUCUACAAAAACCAACUGGCCCAUCUGAGUACGAAUUUGUGUAUCUCCUGGCCAAAAGAUGUGUCAAAUACCAGGAAAUGAGAGAAAUCCUCAGCUCUUUUAAGAUCCCCACCUCCCACAUCCUAGAUAUCCAAUUCCUUGCCAGAGGGACAGUAACUCUACUCAUCGAUGGGGAGUUCCGCAAAGAACUCAUCGCACUACUAGGAAAGGCCAAAGUGCCUCCACUGGACAACUUUGAUCCCACCACCACCAAUGUGAUUGCCAAUCCCAAGUUGAAAGAAGAGGCCAUUGAGGUUAGGACAAGAAAAGCCCAGACACUUUUUGACACACGCCUGGUAAAGGCCUGCCUCUGCAUGCCAACAUACCUUGUCCACAGCAUCAUCCAACACUUCUUGUCUCCAAAGGCUGUCGUAAAGAUCUCGCAGAUCGCAGUCUCCGACUACCUGGAAGGCCGAAAAACUGACAGCACCAUCGCCCCAAUCGGUUUAUUUAACGCCAAUGGACUACGGCCCAAAUUGGUGAAUGUGAUAGAUGCUUGUGAGACGAACGAUAUUGAUAUUCUUUUUGUUACAGAGACUUUCCUGCCUGAGAGCGCCCCUGCUCUCCAGUGCCCUUGGACCCAGAUACACAACUUUGCCAUUCCAACGACGUUGCCAGAGCCAAUGGACGGCAUCUUGCUUGAGAAGAUCAUAGCUGUUUAUAUAGACAUUUGGUUCCCUAAUUUAAGAUCUCUGUUAGUUAAUGGUUGGUUAUCACUGAAGCAGUGUGAAGUGUACAAGGCCUGGAUCGAUCCCUAUACUAUACACUGCAUAUACUUCCCACCACGAUUGACAUCCUCUGAGUGUCAAGAGCGGCUGGCAUUGUUACCUGUCGACGACUUCACCAUUGUUUGUGGCGACUUCAACACUCAACUACACCACACAACUAGGGACACUCGAGGAGGACCACUAAGUGAAAUUAUGGCAAACUGGAUUAGCAGUAAGGAUUUAACAUUGUGGAAUUCGGAGUUGACCUUUGGCAUCCCAACAUACGAGAGAGUCCAUACAUCUGGCAGGGUCUUCAAAAGUAUUAUCGAUUUCUUCUUGUCGCGAGAGGAGCAAUUCCAUGAUAUGCAAAUGCAAAUCCAUGACGAACUCGCCUUGGACUCUGACCACCACCUUUGUGAGCUAUACUUUCAGCCUGUGUUCAUACCACAGCUCCCAACAGAAAACUCUGUCCGUCGACUUUGGAAGCUUCAACGACUGGAAAUCGAAGAGGUCUACAAAAAAUACCAAAGACGAUUUGAAGUGGGUUCAGCUGACUGGCGUCAAGAACUUUACCGUUGGCGACGCCGGGUAGGCAAUGACUUUGAACGCAUUAAAGCCCAUGCUGAGUAUGUUGCAGCAAGCCAAGAUCUGCGAACAGCAGUUCGGGCGGCACGACAACAAAUCUGGUACGAUUUCUGCAACAAAAUCCAAAAGGCUCCUUCAGAGAUGGUGAGCGCGUUAAAGAGAAUGAAGAUUUGGCGACGAUCUCCGAUUUCUCUGACAUCUCCAGAAGGACCACUUACAGCCGCUAAUAACAUGAUCGACCACCUUGAAGAUGUUUUUGGUAGAUCUACGGAAAUACUGACUGAACCGGCAGUUACACCAAUGGAGAGGGAAGUACCAUGGGACGUAGACCAAGUCAAAGAAGCUAUUCGUCGUUUGCCACAAUGGAAAGCACCAGGUAUUGAUCAUAUUAGGGCAGAGAUGCUCAAGUCCUCUACUCCACAUGCUCUUCAAGCUGUGUUGGAGAUGGUCGUGGACGCCUGUUGCAUGGAGAACGGCACAGGUGGUACCUAUCUACAAAAAAAUAAAGGAGCGCACGCAGAUCCCAGCAGUUAUAGGUCCAUCAGCUUGACCUCAGUGUUCAGAAAGCUUUUGGAGCGAUGCCUGGCUGAGGAACUCCUUUCGACCAUGCCAGAGUUAGAUAUAGCCCAGGAAGGAUUCCGCGCUAGCUGCGGUACCCUAGACCAGGCUCUCUGUCUCCACGAACUAAUGAGGCAAUACUCUGUUCCCGACCCUGAUGAUGAAAAAUGCAGUGUCCCAUGGUGUUACGCCAAGACAUGGAGUCCUGCAGGCCCAACAGCCACUCCUUUGUCACUAUUGGAGGAGCUUAGGACGGUCACCUGUAAUGUGUUCAGUGUUCACAGGACGGAGGGGGAUGCACCAGACUAUUUUCCUAAAUCAAUGGCUCCUAUCAACUGUCUUCUGUAUGCUGAAGAUGUUGCCCUUAUAGGCACACCCGACGAUGUGCAAAAAAUGUUGACUGUAGCCAAGACACAUUCAAACCUUCUGGGGUAUAAGUGGAGUCCAUCCAAAUGCGAGGAUUCCCUUUUGCUAGCCAAGGGAUAUAUUGAGCCGACAUGUUCCUUAAGUCGCAGCAAAAAGCUUGUGCAGCAAUGCAAAGCCCAAAAUAUGUGUCUCCGGACAUGUAUUCGACGGCCCAAUGCAACGAUGGGAGUUGUUCAUAUCGCUGCAUUAGCUGCUCUACCCAACCUAUUCACCCGUUCCCGUGCUCUUCAAGCCAAAUUUCUUCGUCGUGCUGAAACACUACUCUCAGUCUCCUUUGUCAAAGCUCUUACCACGCAGCUGGACCUUUCCAAAGAAAAAACGACAUGGGGUGAGCUUUGUCAUAGUGUACUCUGGAUAAAGGCCCAAUUGCUGAAAGAACAUCAACCUCGGUUGAAGGACCCAUUAAAAGAAGCUUAUGUUCUACUGUGCCAAAAAGAAAUCGACAUGCAACUUGUGAGCAUUAACCGUCCAGUAACUGCUGCUAGAGGCUUCUGCAAACCCUUCUGGGAUCCGGUCUUACUACUGCCCUGCACUCGCUCAGAACGACGCCGCCUGAUCAAAUGGCGAAUUGCUUGGCUACCACCUACACCAUCAGUUGAGUGCCAAUGCGGCGCUAUCAAGGGUAACCGAAAACAUAUGCUCCUAUGCCCCACCACAAUCACUCUCGUUCAAAAACUCUGGUCUUUGAUUGAUCCUGCUCCUCCCCCAGAGGUUCAUCUCAUCGACUAUGCUCUCAACUGUCUCCCCCAGUCUUUCAAAUCGCCUGGUACGUGGUGCGAUUGGUGGCCGUGCUUGCUUGCCUUGCUACGUGCUGUUGAUCAAACCACCUCAUCCUACAAACUGCCAGAAGAAAAAGCUCAUGGUCAAAUCCUCAUCGACCUUGCAGCAAAAUUCCGUGCCACAAAACCAACCCAUCCCCACCGCAUCCCGCCGCCCACCCAAGAACCUGUUCCUGGUGAUCCGUUCCCCCAUCUUCUCUCCGAAAUUUCCACCGUUCCUCGUCAACCCCCUCCAUCUGUGCCCGCCCGAAAUUGUGCCUAG